CGGUGUCGAGCUUCUCGGUUCUCACUGGAUUGUUAGAUUGCUGUGGAUUGUUUUCCUCGGGACAUUCACAACAAGGUUAAAAUAUCAAACACGUCUCAUGACACCAGUCCAAAGCGUUCGGGGUUUAUCAGGGGGGGCCCGGAACAAUAAUUUCCCCACCUAUUUAACGCUUCGUGCGUUGUUUAUAUGUUGAAAAACUGAUGAAUAGAUUCAGCGUUCGUUGAUGGUGCAUUGUUGUGGUUUGCGAUGUAUUGCUGGUUCGCAGCCUCUUCGGCUGAACUAUAGAUGCAUGAAUCGUUUUCGAGUCGUGUUUUUGCCGAUCCGUGUAGUUUUUCGCAGCUGAUCGUUGAAUCAACACAACAGCGUUAGCUGGCCUGGACAAAAUGAGCAGAAAACAGCAUCAUUUUAAAGGAGCAGAGGUCAGCUGCUGUGUUAAAUACUUCUUAUUCGGAUUCAACAUCAUAUUUUGGUUGCUUGGAGCUGCAUUCCUGGGUAUUGGACUUUGGGCCUGGGCAGAAAAGGGAGUGCUGUCAAACAUUUCCUCCAUCACAGAUCUGGGCGGCUUCGACCCUGUCUGGCUCUUCAUUGUCGUAGGAGGGGUGAUGUUCAUCCUUGGAUUUGCCGGAUGCAUCGGCGCGCUCCGGGAGAACACAUUCCUGCUCAAAUUUUUUUCAGUGUUUUUGGGCCUCAUCUUUUUCCUGGAGCUCACAGCUGGCAUUUUAGCCUUUGUGUUUAAAGAUUGGAUCAAAGACCAGCUGAACUUCUUCAUCAACAACAAUGUUAAAGCGUAUCGGGAUGAUAUUGACCUCCAGAACCUCAUUGACUUUGCUCAAGAAUAUUGGUCGUGUUGUGGUGCUCACGGGCCGAAUGACUGGAACCUGAACAUCUAUUUUAACUGCACCGACUCCAACCCCAGCCGGGAAAGGUGUGGCGUUCCCUUCUCCUGUUGCGUUAAAGACCCUGCUGAGGAUGUCCUGAAUACACAAUGUGGCUAUGAUGUGCGGCUUCAAGGGGAGUUGGAUCAGCAGAAGUACAUUUAUACGAAGGGCUGCGUGGGGCAGUUCGAAAAGUGGCUUCAGGACAAUCUGAUCGUUGUUGCCGGGAUUUUUGUCGGGAUUGCAUUAUUACAGAUUUUUGGGAUAUGUCUGGCUCAGAACCUGGUGAGCGACAUCAGAGCAGUCAAAGCAAACUGGUGACCCUCUGCAGAGGACAAAUCAGCACUGUUUACACACCAUUGAGCUGGGAAAUACCGCCCUUUCACCCUAUGGAUGUCGUAUGUUGGCUGACUUUACAAAAUGGACUGUCCAUCUCUCUCUCUCUCUCUCUCUCUCUCUCUCUUUUUGGUGGAUCCUUAUCUGAAAACAAGCUCUUAUGGAGACCGUCCUGAAGGAGCUUAAUGUGAGAUGUCACACUGAGAUCAAGCUAUCUGUGAUCUCGCAGCUGCCUGUUGAUCGAACGCUAUUUUAGUUUGCCCUUAUUAAAACGUUCACCAGACUCUCCUCCGUGCUGGCGAAUAAUGUCAAGUGGAGGGUGUUUUCAUUAACCUGUGGAUGACUUUCUUUUAGAGAAACACACAAAUCAACCACUGGGACUUUAAACAGAGGAGCCAUGAACUAAACAAAGCCUUACAGCAGUGCGUUUCACUAUACACUUAUGUGGGUUCAGCUUUUUACACAGCAUUCUGUCUGUCAGCCAUUGGAGCCGAUGGACAGUUGGACUCUCUUACCUCUGAUUGGCUCUCUGUUGCACAGGGCAGCCAAUCAGAACGACGUACUUGAUAAUUACACGUAAUGCAUUUAUUUUUGUGAGGUCUACCACUACUGUUGGGGAGGUGGAUAAAUACGGUCUGUUAUUUGUCUGUAUAGCUAUGUUUUAUGCAUUCUCUCUCGUUUUUUUUUUUUUUUUUUUUUUUUUUUGGUUGUCUCUGUGAGUAUAAAUCGGCUUUCCCAGACUUGCUUAGGAAUCUUUGUUUUCGCUGCUUUGCUUGAUAGUGAUAUGCUAUAGUGACACUAAUAAUGUAUUAUUAUAAAUAUGAUGCUGCUUUAACUCAUAGAAACUAUACAUCGCUAUACUAACCAACUGAAGUUUUUAUAGAAAUCAUUACAUUCCCUCUGGGAAACACACUUCGGAUCACGCAGAGUGCUUUGCGCAUGAAUCUGACGCGAGCGCACAUGAAGCGGACUGAUUGAAUUAGCCGUGCGUAUGAUCACAUGCCUUAUUGAGCCCUAUAGAGAUGGUAGCAGAAGCCGACGACAGACACAGCACAAGGCUUUUUUUUUUUACUGUUCAGUCUCUCUUGCUCGCGCCAUAUGCAUGCAAUCAUCUAUUAAAAUAAUGCAUGGCAACGCAGACCUCUUUAAACACAUGCACAGGCAUGUGUCCAUCCCAUUAUGAAUACCAUACCAGUGCGUUUUCACCUAACUGUGUUAAUACCCUUGUGUUGAGAAAGAGUCACGACCUUAACGCUGAUAAUGUGCAAAGUAAGAUAAAUGAUGUACUGCCGACUGCGUGUGUAGAACGUGCUCUGACGGUUUUAGGAGUGGAGUGUCAGCCAGACUGAUCUGAUUCAUCUGUUUAAAAAGCUUCGCUCUCGUUUCAAAGGUCUAUAUAACCUGUGCUAUCAGAGCGCUUAGUGAAAUGUGAGGUUUCUCUUCUGUGGUCUUUUUUUCAGAGAUUUCAAUAUAUUGUGUACAUAGGAGGCAAAUCUUUUAUGCCGAUACAAGAUUACAUGCUAAAGAUGAUAUUUUGCCCCCUUUUGAGAUUUAGGGAAAGCUAUCAAGAACAUAUCCAAGUUGCAUUUCGUUAUCGUACAUAAGACUAAAUGGAAAAAUAUUGUUUGCUUAAAGAAAAUGAAGCACAUUACUGCCAAAAUCUUAUAUAGAUAUAUUUAUACAUGUAAUGAUAUUUUGUUGCACUGCUUUUUAUUACAUUUAGGACAUCUUUGUUACCGUAAUACAAAGUACUGUAACAGGAAAUAAAUGAAUCAGGAUAAAGAUGAAAAUAUUGUCCCGAUGCAAAAAAAAUCCUAAUGGUCUUAAAAAUACUUACUUUUCUUUAAGCAAACUAACACGUUAUGGGGUGAACUACAACCUGGAUAUGUUUUUGUCAGAUUCGCUCAAAUUAUUUUUUCUUUUUUAUGCAAUGGCCUUUUCUGUCUUUUUUUUUUUUU